AUGGCGAACCGUAGGAGACGGUUUCCGUUUGCAGAAGCCUCCAUGCGUCAACGCUUUAUUGCAUUUCAUAGAAAAUCUAGUCUGAGUUUAUUCUUGGUGGUUGUUGUGGUCCAAAGGUUGUGGAUAUUGGGUGGAUUUCAAGCCCGCAAGCUGACUGACCUGUACCGCCCCCAGAACCAGGGCCCGCCAUCUUUCUGGAUACCACACGGCAACACUAUCAUUUCUCAACAAGCUUGUACCCACAACAGCUCAUGGACUGCAUCGUAUGUACCAGAAUCUAGUGAAAAACAUCAAACGUUACCCAAGCUACGCUUCGAUUGGACAAAUUUGAGCUUAAAGACAACGUUGGCGAAACAAAUGGCAGCGCACCAAGCCAAUUGUUCUCUACCUGCUGGCCAUUUUUGGUACCGUAAUCGCUUCGGUCUCGGCAGUGACUUGCAUGUAUGGAGUCAAGCCCUGUGUAACGCUCUGGAAGCCAAUGUCAGGAUACACACCAUUCACUCUUGGCUAUGGUGGGAUGUCGAAAGCUGUUCGAAAGCAGCACACGGCUCAGAUGCGAUUGCCGAUGGCCUGCCUUUACCAGAAAACGAGCACACAAUGCAGUGCUACUUUCCUAAGUCAGAACCAAAUUGUACCCAUGAGUUGGCUCUUUCACCGAACAAUCACUCCCAGACCUACAAUCUGGCCAGAGGACGAGGUCGGGUUGGAAUGGAUUGCCCUACACUUGCGGAAAGCUAUAGUAUUGCCGAGAUACGUUCCUCAUCAAUGGAGUUUUUAUUUUCCGGCAUUUCUGCCAAAGUACAGUACGAGGCACAGCGACAAAUGAAACGGGUCUUUCCCAGUGGCGUUGCACCUAACGACCUCAUUACGGUCCAUAUGCGAUGGGGCGACAAAGCUAACGAAAUGGCUCUCGUACCGGUGCAAAAAUACCUGGAUGCCGUCCAGCAUAUCCUUAGCAAUCGAGGUCGAAAGCACGUGCAUAUCUUGCUGGCGACCGAAGAUCCGAAAGCGCUACGAGCCUUUCAGGAGGCAGCACCGGUAGACUGGAAUGUAUACGUCGACGCGUACUUUCACGAAAUGCUUCCGCAUCGCAUCGAGGCUUACAACGGGUCACCCAAAAUGUCCAGGGAGCUGAAUGGUCGCCCCGGACUGGCCGCGCUUGGCUCGUUGCUAGUCGCUAUGGAAGCCAAUGACUUUGUCUUGACGACCGCCAGCAACUGGAGUCGAAUCAUGAACGAGCUCAGAAUUGCGGUUUUGGAAUCAAGGUAUCCUGGAUCUACGCAAAUGGUCGAUCUCCGAUCGGGGGAAUGGUGA